AUGCCAAAGAGAACGCAAAUUCAUAUUUUUGUGGGAGCACCCAAUAUUCCAAGCCCACUGGAGGUGUCAGAGCAAAGUAGUUCAGCACCCACUGGUGAAAAAUGGAGGGAACUCCACUAUUUGUGUGAUACACACAGUCUUUUUUCUGAGGAAGUCAAAACUGCUGACCCUGUGAUGUUUCAGGCAGAAAGCUCUGUGGUCACAGCAAUUCCUACAGAUGAUGACAGCUCUCAGCAGUUUGAACAGAGGAGAUUAAUGGUAGCAAAAGAAUAUUCUACAUCACUUGUACCUGUGCCAGUAAUUUGCACCAGCACACCUAAAAAGACCAAAAAUGUAGUUUAUUCUGAUUGUCAAAUAUCUAAAGAUAGAUGCACACAUGCAAAUGUAAAUCGGGCUGCAGAUCAACACCUUCCACAAAAGUUUGCAGAAUCAGUUAACCAAGAUAAACAAUUACCUGGCUGUUGUUCACACCUCACAGAAAGAAAAGCCAGUCCUUCAGAAGUUAACAGCUCUGACAUUUCUGAUUUGGUUGCCAGUACUAAACAUACUAGCAUACAUCUAAGGUCUUUGGGACAGGGUUUUCAAUCAGACUGUAGGAGUGAUCACCAUGAGUAUCUAAGGCAUUAUCUGGACAUGUUUUUCCCCCAAAAUCAAGAGUCAAAACCAAAAGCAGAACCAAUUGAUUAUUCAGACUUCACAGUGUCAACAGAUACUGAAUUUCAUAGUAUAAUGACUGCAAGUCAGAUGGCUGUUUUUGCACAGGAUAGGAAUGAAAUGCAGAAAAGAAUCACAAAACUAUCAGAAACAGAAGCAGGCAAAAAACCUGAAGAAAGGCAGUGUAGUCAUUUCCACUUUGAGUCUGGUGUUGGAACAUGUCUUAAUGUGGCUGAAAAUGAGUAUAAGGAAGAGUAUACGAGUUCCCUUGAACUUUUUGAUUCUGAGAGUGAUGGGAAAAAUGUUCCCUCUGAGGCUACAAAGCAAGAAGGAAGUGCUCAGGAAAAUACAGAGAAGAUUCAAGAACUCAUUGUACCUGCUGAGCAAUUUGUAAAUGAAAUCCAUAUCGAACCAUUGAGCUCAGGAAUAUUGUGCUCUCAAGUAGACAGUUCUCAUAGAAGUUCUUCUAAAAGAACCCGCAAGGGUGAAGAUUCCCUUCCUGUUUUUCACUCGGCAUUUAAAAGACAGCUGAAAUCAAAGAGGGCUAAACUAAAUUCUCCAGCUGGCCCAGGGGUGAGAAUGGACCAAGAGAGGAUGACAGAGUUCAAGGAACUUGGAACGAAACUAUCACCACUUAAGAAUUGCUGCUGCAAAAAUCUAAAGUACAAUGUUUUGGUCACAGUGCUACAUCCUUGUCAUAUCAAAGAAAUACAGGUGAAGACUAGACGAAAAUCUUCAUGUAAAGUUCCUGUAGCAACAAUUGUAGUUACUGACCAGUCAGAAACUGAGAGAAAGGUGGUAUUGUGGCGUAGUGCUGCAUUUUGGUCACUUACUGUUUUUCCUGGGGAUGUUGUACUUCUUACAGAUGUAAUGAUAUAUGAGAAUCUUUGGUAUGGAGAAAUCAUGUUGCAGUCUACAUUUACCAGUCAGUUACUGAAUUUGGGGAACUGCUCAGCUCUCAAUCCAGAAGAAUUUUAUCCUGUAGUGGAUGCUGGUGUUCUCCAAGGCUUAUUGGCAUACGUAUCAUCAGCAUUUCCACACUUUGGAGACAUUGCACAAAGAAAAGUUCAGAGACUGGAUCAAGUUCAGUAUAUGCAGCUAGACCAGCUCCAGCCAAAUACACUGGUUCACUUGAUCUUGAAAAUUAUCACCAUUACUAUAAUAACAGAAUCUGUGUAUAGCUACAGGGGUGGCAACCAACGAAAAAUCAUUCUAACAGUAGAACAGAAGAGAGAUCAACACUAUAGGAUGGUACUGUGGGGAGCAGGAGCUGCCUGGUGCCCUCAACUUCAAAGGAAAAAAGAUCACAUAUGGGACUUCAAAUAUCUUCUAGUCCAACAUAGUUCUGUCUCAGGUGACUUUGAAUUACACACAACUCCAUGGUCAUCCUGUGAAUGCUUGUUUGAUGAUGACACAAGGGCAAUUGAAUUUAAAGAAAAGUUUCAGAAAAGCAAAACAUCUCCCAUGCAGAUGACAAAGCUUUCAAUACAUUUGGAGGAAAAAUGCUCAGGAGUGAUUCACGUGAAAGCCCAUAUCUUAGAACUGAAGUUUACCAUUUCUGUGGGUCAGUACAAGCAACUCAUCUUCCAUGCCGACACUUCACUGGAGUGCAUUUUGGCUUCUCUGCCUAUGAUUACGUAUUCAGGUUGUGCUAAAUGCUCUCUGGAACUACAGGCAGAUGAGAACAGGAUCUACAAGCAAUGUGUCAGAUGUUUGCCAUACAACAAAGUAAAAACAUUCUACAGACCUGCUUUGAUGACAGUAGAAGAUGGAGGAUAUGAGAUUUAUGUUCAUGUUGUGUCUGAGCUGGUGGAAAAAAUCUUCCUCAAUAUUCCUGCAGACUGGCUGAACAGAUUAGUAGUGCCCUCUUCAGAUGUAACCUACAGCACAGUAGUGGCAGAUGUGUGUCAUUUGCUGCUAGCAGAUACAGAAGCAUCCUAUUUGUUGGAAAUUAGGAGCCAUUUUGUGCUAGAUGAAAACAGUUAUCCAUUGCAAAAGGAUUUCCAUCUGCUAAAUUUUCAUCCUGAUCUUUGA